AUGGCUUUUUCUUUGCCUGGAAUGGUGCUAGAGAGAGCGCUGUCCGUUACCAGAAGCCUGUUGAAAAUGCUCACAAAGUUUCUGCUUCAAGAACCAGCGGCUGAACAUGUUGAAGUUGACAAAUCUGGCGUAUACCUCUUUUGGGCGGCCGUUGGACUUGCAGCGUUUGGACUCGUCACGGUCGUGGGACAAAUAUUUAUCAGAGCUCCAUGGGGAAAGUUUCGAAACGAUGCGAAGAGCCGAGUGUGGGGGCCUUCGGUUCCUUGCGCCGUGGCGUGGAUGAUUCAGGAGUGUCCAUCGUUUUUCAUACCGUUUUCCGUGCUGGUUGGAACAGAAUGGCUUGCGGGUCGCCCCAUCAACAAAAUCCUGCUAGUGCUGUUCACCACCCACUACGCCCACAGGUCGCUAGUUUACCCCGCUCGUCUCUACGUUCACACACGCUACCAAGAAAACCAGUCGAUGCCGCUUGGAAUUUCCGCAAUGGCGGUCCUUUUCUGCACGUACAACGGCAUGAUUCAAAGUUGGAGCGCGAUAUCUUUCGACUACUCCUCAGAACUCGACCCGUUCCUAGCCCCUCGUGCUUCUGUUGAUGAUUGCUCAGCGGCACUUCGUCUUAUAUCCGGAGUUUGUGUCUUUCUAUGGGGAAUGUCAGUGAACAUCCGUUCAGACUACAUCCUGAUGAAGUUGCGUGUCACUAGCGACCGUAUUACGCCGAAUCCUGUACUCUCUGCUUCUGCUUACAGAAUUCCUGAGGGUCUCUGGUUCAACUAUGUAUCGUGUGCAAAUUACUUUGGCGAGAUCUGUGAGUGGGCAGGUUACGCCAUCGCAUGCAACACGUACGUGGCACUGAGCUUCGCUGUUUUCACUUUAUGCUUUCUCACGGGUCGUGGUGUUCAAGUGCAUCGCUGGUACUUGCAGCACUUCGAGGAAAGAUACCCCUCUGGGAGGAAAGCGGUAAUUCCGUUCAUUGUGUAA